GACAGCCGGGAUGGUGCUACCGGCAUUGCUGGCGGCCCUGCGGGUAUAUGCCCCUUACGUCACGUUCCCGGUGGCCCUUGUGGUGGGCAUCAUCGGCUACAACCUGGAGAGCAUCGUCUCCGACCGGCACACACCCCACAAGAAGCAGAGCGUCGGCGAGGAGCGCAGCGAGAGGCUACUCCGGGAGCUGGACGGACGGGACGACGUGACACGGGUGGAGAGGCUUGGCGACAAGAAAUGGGUGCCCAACACCGUGCUCGAACGCAACGUGUCGCCUUCGCUCAAGACGCUCGACACUCGCUGAACCUUAGGGUGGUUAAGCGACGUGGCACGGUCGGUCCACUGUUGAAACGUGACGGGAAGAUGGUAGUGCUACGGUCGUCCCGGGCUUAAAAGUCCAAAGUGAAUAGCGUUAUCGAGGGUUCCUUCUUUGAUUGAUGUGCGGGGUGUGGCGCUAUGAGCCAACCCUCAGGUGGUUGGAGGCGAUGCGGAGUGAUGCGACACUUUUGGUCCAAUCCUGAAAUGCGACGGGAAGAAAGUAGUACUACCGUCGUAGUGUCAAUAUUGUUAUUGCUGGUCCAUUUUUUUUUUAUUGAUGUGCAGGGUGCGGCACUGUAAGCUAGCUCAAUGAAAUGCCAGAAAGAGUUAAAAAUCCGCCAGGCAGGAUAAGUUGCUGGGAGCGAGGUUAGCCCUGACCACCAGCAUUCUGUAGAGCUAGUUCGUAGCGCCGCACCUUAUAUGCUGUGCGACAUUAUUGGCAUGAACACAACAUGCACAUUAUUUUGAGCUUUACUGUCGUGGGGUAUUGCCGAGCAUUAAAUUUUACUGCCUGGCUUGGUGCCCCAAAUGGCCACUUUCUAUCUCAGAAGUAGCUUUGAUGACAGCAUUUCAAGACUAAUUUCUAUUCUUAGAGAAAAACUGGAAAAAAAAAAAACUGAUUCCCUGUGUCCGCAAACUGUCGCGCGCUUUGUGCAUUCGCCAUCCUGUGCUAGUGUAGAACAGAUGGGAACUGUAGCGUUUGCUUGUUGGAGGCGCAGGCACAUUGUACUUAUACACCAGUCCCACAUUUCCUGCAUUGGUGUGGGCUGGUGUAGCUAAGUCAAACAGGCUGCUUGGCACCUAAGUGUGGUUGAAGAUAGAUUGAGUAGGCAGGCAAGCUGGUUGAUGCAAUAGUUUGGAAAAACCGGAGACGACAGACGAAAAAGGGUGUUGUCCCCCUUUUCGUCCGUCAUCUUCGAUUUUUCGAAAAUAAGUGUGGCUAUUUGUUGUCACAACUAACACAUUCGAGCACAUAGAUAAGAUUGAGUCGUGCACUUUAUCAGUGCGGCUUGAAGUCAUUCCCUUACUUGUGUUCGUAAAAGCUACCUGGCAGAAGUUUACCUUAGCUCACAUGCAGGUUGACACGGCCAGGCAAUAAGAGUGUGUUCUGGACUAA